CCGGAAGGAAAAAUAUAAGGUUACAGGUUAUGUUCGUGUUUCGAGCACGCCGUUUUCUUAUUUGCUUUUGUCGUUUCGUUCGAGUACAACGUGUACAACUGAAUAUAAUAUUCGGAUUGAUUUGGACUUCGUAGCUACACAAACUUAACAAUAUGACGAGAUUCGCGAGGGCCAAAGGUUCGAAAGCUUCGAAUGAACGAGUUCCAAACGAGGCUACACCCUGGCAUGUAAUGAAGGAACAACUGGAGGACAAUGUUGCUAAGAAAAAUAGUUCAACAGGAAAAGUCGCGAAAAAUGCCAAAACAUUAUUGAGUGAAAAAGAUCAGCCUUAUUAUUACGAAUCUACCGGUAACGUUAAUAAUGAAUGGGCAGAAUUUCGAAAGGAAAAAAAAUCGAUUGCAAAAUCGAAAACAAGCGCAGCGAUCACGAAUCCAGUUGAAAAUGGUAAAAUUAUAGCAGAGACCACGAAUUCCACAGUGAAUCGUGAUAAAUCAGAAAUGGUACCCAAGUCAAAAAAGAUUAAACAAAAAUCUGCAGCUAAUGAAAACGAUAAAAAUUUAGUAGUCCCGAUGGAUACCACAGUGGAGAAGAGCAAGUCGGUAGACGUGUCAAAUUCGAAAAAAAAAAAACGAAAACUCGAACUUCCCAAUGAUUCUCCAAUCGAAUCGAACAAGAAAGCUGCAAAUAGUUGUCAAAAAAAUCCCAAAAAACAAAAAUCUAAUAAUGUGGCUGAGUCUACAACGAAAGAUGCACCAUUGAAGGAGAAAGCAAAAGAUGUUUCCUCAGGUGUGUCAAACACAAAUACUUGUGAAUUGCCAAAAAGUGAUCACGAAACAACUUCAAUGUUGAAAAAAGACAAAGAAACUGAGGUAAAUGAACAACACGUGUCUCCAGGAAAGAGUUUGAAAAUCAGUAAACGUCAUAAGCGAAAUCAAAAGCGUAUAAGCAAAAAUGCUUUGUUGAACUCGGAAGCGGCGAGUAAAGAAACGGAGAAUGGACCUUCAGGUGGCUUCAAUGCAGCGGGUAACGAUUGGAGCAUUCAUGUGAAAUUUGGUAAAAGUGUAAACGAACAGAGAGAACCUACCAACGGAUAUUCUAUUCCAAAAAAUUCUAAAAAUUUCCUGAAAAAUCGAGUCAAUGGGAACAGUGGUGCGAAACGGAAAGCUCCAAAAAUCCGUGACGACAAAGAGCACAAGCGUAGAAAACCAGAAUCUGGUUCAACAAAAUGCGUGAUAAAUGGGAUAGAGGUUGAAAUCGUAAAAUACGAUGGAUUCCCAGUGAAGAAGGAGGAUGCUGAGAGGCUGAAGGAGUUGCGUCAACAAAUGACUAUGAAGGGCAUCCCCAAGUCGGAGAUUGACGUUGCAAUGAAACUUGAGCGAAGAAAAGCUGAGAAAUCAUUGGCUCGAGUGAGAAAACAAGUUUGUUUUCAUUGUAGAAAAGCUGGACACAAUUUGUCGGAUUGUCCAGAGCUAGGCCAGGAAGAAUCAGCUACGGGAAUUUGUUUCAAAUGUGGAUCAACGGAACACACGCAUUUCGAGUGCAAAGUCAACAAAAAAGAGGAGUUUCGAUUCGCCAGUUGUUUCAUAUGUCGAGAACAAGGACACAUCGCUAAACAAUGUCCAGAUAAUCCCAAAGGGCUAUAUCCACAAGGCGGAUCGUGUAAAAUUUGCGGUGAUGUUACUCAUUUGAAAAAAGAUUGCCCUGAUUUGACUAGAGAAAAAGAAGAGACGAAUAUUACCGUCGGCAGCAUUGCUCAAAAUACUCUCGAGUCCCUUGAUGAUGAUGUCACCACAAAAGUAGCUGCAAGUGAAAAUAGUAAAAAACUGAAAAGUAAAAUCGUUAAAUUCUAAGCUUUUCUUGUAUAUUGUAUUUUAUGAGAUAAAAAUAAAAUGAACAAAGAUAAUUUUAGCAAA